ACCACAAGACCUACAAACACCACACUUUCAACAAACACCACACUUUCAACAACCACCAACCGUCCAACAAACACCACAAGACCUACAAACAUGACACUUCCAACAACUAUCAACCGUCCAACAAAUACAACCACAACUACAAACACCACACUUCCAACACACAAGACCUACAAACACUACACUUCCAACAACUAUCAACCGUCCAACAAACAGCACAAGACCUACAAACACUACACUUUCAACAAACACCACACUUUCAACAACCACCGACCGUCCAACAAACACCACAAGAUCUACAAACACUACACUUCCAACAACUAUCAACCGUCCAACAAAUACAACCACAACUACAAACACCACACUUCCAACAGCCACCGACCGUCCAACAAACACCACAAGACCUACAAACACUACACUUCCAACAACUAUGAACCGUCCAACAAAUACAACCACAACUACAAACACCACACUUCCAACAACCACCAACCGUCCAACAAACACUACACUUCCAACAACCACCAACCGUGCAACAAACAGCACAAGACCUACAAAUGCCACACUUUCAACAACCACCAACCGUCCAACAAACACCACCACACCUACAAACACCACACUUUCAACAACCACCAACCGUCCAACAAACACCACAAGACCUGCAAACACGACACUUCCAACAACUAUCAACCGUCCAACAAAUACAACCACAACUACAAACACCACACUUUCAACAGCCACCAACCGUCCAACAAACACCACAAGACCUACAAACACCACACUUCCAACAACUAUCAACCGUCCAACAAAUACAACCACAACUACAAACACUACACUUUCAACAAACACCAACCAUCCAACAAACACCACAAGACCUACAAACACCACACUUCCAACAACCACCAACCGUCUAACAGACAACACCACACCUACAACCACCAACCGUCCAACAAACACCACCACACCUACAAACACCACACUUUCAACAAACACUACACUUCAGACAACCACCAACCGUCAAACAAACACCACAAGAUCUACAAACACUACACUUCCAACAACUAUCAACCCAACCACCGACCGUCCAACAAACACUACAAGAUCUACAAACACGACACUUCCAACAACUAUCAACCGUCCAACAAAUACAACCACAACUACAAACACCACACUUCCAACAGCCACCGACCGUCCAACAAACACCACAAGACCUACAAACACUACACUUCCAACAACUAUGAACCGUCCAACAAAUACAACCACAACUACAAACACCACACUUCCAACAACCACCAACCGUCCAACAAACACUACACUUCCAACAACCACCAACCGUGCAACAAACAGCACAAGACCUACAAAUGCCACACUUUCAACAACCACCAACCGUCCAACAAACACCACCACAUCUACAAACACCACACUUUCAACAACCACCAACCGUCCAACAAACACCACAAGACCUGCAAACACGACACUUCCAACAACUAUCAACCGUCCAACAAAUACAACCACAACUACAAACACCACACUUCCAACAACCACCAACCGUCUAACAAACACCACCACACCUACAACCACCAACCCUAUCAACCGUCCAACAAAUACAGCCACAACUACAAACACCACACUUCCAACAGCCACCAACCGUCCCACAAACACCACAAGACCUACAAACACCACACUUCCAACAACUAUGAACCGUCCAACAAAUACAACCACAACUACAAACACUGCACUUCCAACAACCACCAACCGUCCAACAAACAGCACAAGACCUACAAACACCACACUUUCAACAAACACUACACUUCAGACAACCACCAACCGUCCAACAAACAGCACAAGACCUACAAACACCACACUUCCAACAACUAUCAACCGUCCAACAAAUACAACCACAACUACAAACACCACACUUCCAACAGCCACCAACCAUCUACAAACACUACACUUCCAACAACUAUCAACCGUCCAACAAACACCACUAGCUCUACAAACACCACACUUUCAACAAACACCACACUUUCAACAACCACCAACCCCACCAACCGUCCGACAAACACCACCACACCUACAAACACCACACUUUCAACAACCACCAACCGUCCAACAAACACCACAAGACCUGCAAACACGACACUUCCAACAACUAUCAACCACAACCACCAACCAUUCAACAAACACCACAAGACCUACAAACACGACACUUCCAACAACUAUCAACCGUCCAACAAAUACAACCACAACUACAAACACCACACUUCCAACAGCCACCAACCGUCCCACAAACACCACAAGACCUACAAACACCACACUUCCAACAACUAUGAACCAUCCAACAAAUACAACCACAACUACAAACACUACACUUCCAACAACCACCAACCGUCCAACAAACAGCACAAGACCUACAAACACCACACUUUCAACAAACACUACACUUCAGACAACCACCAACCGUCCAACAAACACCACAAGACCUACAAACACCACACUUCCAACAACUAUCAACCGUCCAACAAAUACAACCACAACUACAAACACCACACUUCCAACAGCCACCAACCGUCCAACAAACACCACAAGACCUACAAACAUGACACUUCCAACAACUAUCAACCGUCCAACAAAUACAACCACAACUACGAACACCACGCUUAUAACAAACACUACAAGAUCUACAAACACCACAUUUCCAACAAACACCACACUUCCAACAACCACCAACCGUCCAACAAACACUACACUUCCAACAACCACCAACCGUCCAACAAACACCACCACACCUACAAACACCACACUUUCAACAAACACUACACUUCAGACAACCACCAACCAUUCAACAAACACCACAAGACCUACAAACACGACACUUCCAACAACUAUCAACCGUCCAACAAAUACAACCACAACUACAAACACCACACUUCCAACAACCACCAACCGUCCAACAAACACUACACUUCCAACAACCACCAACCGUCCAACAAACACCACCACACCUACAAACACCACACUUUCAACAAACACUACACUUCAGACAACCACCAACCAUUCAACAAACACCACAAGACCUACAAACACGACACUUCCAACAACUAUCAACCGUCCAACAAAUACAACCACAACUACAAACACCACACUUCCAACAGCCACCAACCGUCCCACAAACACCACAAGACCUACAAACACCACACUUCCAACAACUAUGAACCAUCCAACAAAUACAACCACAACUACAAACACUACACUUCCAACAACCACCAACCGUCCAACAAACAGCACAAGACCUACAAACACCACACUUUCAACAAACACUACACUUCAGACAACCACCAACCGUCCAACAAACACCACAAGACCUACAAACACCACACUUCCAACAACUAUCAACCGUCCAACAAAUACAACCACAACUACAAACACCACACUUCCAACAGCCACCAACCGUCCAACAAACACCACAAGACCUACAAACAUGACACUUCCAACAACUAUCAACCGUCCAACAAAUACAACCACAACUACGAACACCACGCUUAUAACAAACACUACAAGAUCUACAAACACCACAUUUCCAACAAACACCACACUUUCAACAACCACCAACCGUCCAACAAACAGCACAAGACCAACAAACACUACACUUCCAACAACUAUCAACCGUCCAACAAACACCACACUUUCAACAAACACCACACUUUCAACAAACACCACACUUUCAACAACCACCAACCGUCCAACAAACACCACAAGAUCUACAAACACGACACUUCCAACAACUAUCAACCGUCCAUCAAAUACAACCACAACUACAAACAACACACUUCCAACAAACACUACAAUUUAAACAACCAUCAACCGUCCAACACUGUGAACACCCGGCUUAUACUGACGUGCGGCUAA